GGAAGGUUGGGAAAAUGUGGGGGUUCGCAGGCAACGUGAUCUGCAUCCAACACAAUCUUGUAUCAGAAAGCAUUCCAAAUGGGUUCGAACACUAUCUCUCUAUGGCUCGCUGUCUGUGUGUCCUCUCUAAGUGCCACAACCUUUGGAUAUGAUACCGGUGUCAUCGGUGGUGUCCUAGGCUUUGCUAGUUUCCAAAAGCAUUUCAACAUCACUGCUGCUGAAAGUGCCAACUUAAAUGGCAACGUCGUUUCAUUGCUACAGGUCGGCUGUUUAGUCGGAGCUCUAUCAGCCAAUUUCUUUGGUGAUCGCUUUGGCCGAAGAUGGUCGGUUAUGGGCUAUUCCGUUGUGUUCAUCGUGGGUGGUAUUCUGCAGACCAUAGGUUCGGAUAUCGGCAUGCUGUACGCUGGAAGAAUAUUGGCUGGGUUUGGCAUCGGUGCUAAUUCCUGCUUGGUGCCAAUUUAUAUUGCGGAGAUUUCUCCCCAGAAUCUUCGUGGAAAGCUCGGCACACUUUGGCAAGUAUUCAUUGUCUUCGGUAUCGCUAUCUCAUACUGGAUUAACUAUGCAUGCAAGCGUACCAUUGCUUCUGAUAAUGAUCUGCUAUGGAGACUUCCUCUCGGUCUCCAAUGUCUUUGGGCCGUCCUCGUCUUCAUCGGUAUGAUUCCCCUGACCGAAACUCCCCGUUGGCUCAUUGCUCAUGGUCAUGAUGAUAAAGCUCGCAAAUCCCUUCGUUUCCUUCGUGGUCAAGAAGCUGAAGAAGAGUUUGCUGAAAUCAGCGAAGGUCUGCGUGCUGAGUCCGCUCUCGGUCCAGUAAAGUGGACGGAUGUCAUAUCAAAGAGUAACCGCAAGCGCUUGUUCAUUGGAUGCUGUCUACAAAUGUUCCAAAUCUUAACUGGUUCCAAUGUCAUCAAUUACUACUCCCCAACCAUCUUCAAGAGUAUUGGUCUCAGCGGAGAUGAGGCCGAUUUGCUUGCUACCGGUCUCUAUGGUACCUUGAAAAUCUUCGUCACUCUGUUCACUGCCUUCUUCAUCACCGACAGAGUCGGUCGCCGUAAGCCAUUGAUCUUCGGUGGUAUUGGUAUGGCUAUCUGUAUGUUCAUGGUCGGAGCCAUGGUCAAGAUCAUGCCACUCCAGACUCCCGAUGCCUCCAUCGGAGCCACCAGCUAUGUUGGUGUUGUCUUUAUCUUUAUGUUUGCCUGUGUCUACUCCAUGUCCUGGGGUCCUGUUGUAUGGGUCUAUACCUCAGAAAUCUUCCCCACUAAUAUUCGUGCACAAGCUGGUUCGUUGUACACUGCUAUUAACUGGGCCUUCAACGCCAUCAUUGGUAAAGUGGGUCCUCUUCUGUUGGCGUCCAUCGUCUACGGCACCUACUUCUUGUUUGGUUCAUUCUGUAUCAUCAUGGCUAUCUAUACCUUCUUCCUCGUUCCCGAAACCAAGGGCAUCAUGCUCGAGGCCAUGCCGGAACUGUUCCAGGGAAGUGCCUACCAAGCCAAGCAGCUUCGUGCCAACACCGAUGCCGAGAAUUUCAGCGAUGAACACCUCAGUGCUUCCAGUGCAGAUAAGAACAAUUUCGAAGAAGAACGCAUCGAACGAUCUGCCAUGUAGAAAUGAAAAAUAGAGACCUUUACAUCCUCAAUUUCCUCUGUAGAAAAAAAAAGAAAGAAUGAAAAACAAUUAGCAACCCUACCACCCUACCCCGAUACCUAGUUGUUUCGUGUUUCCCAUCCACUCAACUUCUCCUCUCAUUUAUAUUUUGUAUCAUUGUCCAUUAUUUUUUAUCCAUUAAACAUGAGUUUUUGUAAAUGAUUU